CGGAAUCGUGGGGUGGAUGAUGAAAGAGUGAAGAUGACGACGAUUUUCGGCGUGUGAGGCCCGGGAGAUCAAAAGGUGCACCCUGCGAAUCCUCCGGGACAGAAUCUCUUGGUGGUUGUUCGGUUUUGCCGUGGAGAGCCUAAACUUGGGCGUUGUGCAGCUUCAUGGGCAUGGCAGGCUUGCCAGCUUCCCUUGUAUUGUAGCAGUCGUGCGCUCUUUUCCCACACCCGUAGCAUUGCAAGCCCUCGCUCGCAGCUUUUCGGGCACAGUCUGCAAGUGGUGAUUGUGCGGAUUGAUUGAUUGAAUCUGCGGGUGGGGAGUAAGUGACUUGUUGUGAUGGAGGCAGCAGCGGCGUCUUUGACCAGAGCCACCCCUUCGGUCACAGUAGCCACAAAGGUGGCUGCUGUUUCAAGCAGCAAGCAGCUGGGUUCGGUUUCCACUCUCACCACCCCCUUUUUCGUUCUGCCUCUGGCAACGAAAUCGCAGAGACGCAUGCGCUCCACCUCUGCCACGCUCGCUACCAAUCCUUCCGCUGCUACAUCCGCAACCACCAUGACCCCCACUCCUCGUGCUGGUGGACUCAUUGAGCCCGAUGGUGGCGUCCUGGUCGACCUGCAUGUCCCAGAGCAGGAGAAAGAGAGCAAAAAGGCCGAGGCCGCGACAUUGUCCAAAAUUCAGCUCAACUUGGUGGACUUGCAAUGGGUGCACACUGUCGCGGAGGGAUGGGCCUCGCCUCUCACUGGCUUUAUGCGUCAGAACGAGUAUCUGCAAUCUUUGCAUUUCAACUGCCUUCGCCUGGCUGACGGCACCUUCACCAACAUGUCCCUCCCCAUUGUCUUGGCCAUCGACGACGAGAAGAAGGAGAGCUUGUCUGGUGUCAACGCUGUCACUCUUGUUGGUCCAGAUGGCAACGACGUCGCUAUCCUCCGCAACAUUGAGAUUUACAAGCACAACAAGGAAGAGCGAAUUGCUCGAACUUGGGGAACCACAGCUCCAGGUCUGCCUUACGUAGAUGAAGCGAUUGCGAACGCCGGAGACUGGCUUAUUGGUGGAGAUUUGGAAGUUCUUGAGAGAAUCAAGUAUAAUGACGGACUUGAUCACUACAGACUGUCACCGGCAGAGCUGCGUGCUGAAUUCGAAAGGCGUGAGGCCGACGCUGUAUUUGCUUUUCAGCUGCGCAACCCUGUCCACAACGGACAUGCGUUGCUGAUGACCGACACUAGACGCCGGUUGCUGGAAAUGGGUUACAAGAACCCUCUUCUGUUGUUGCACCCAUUGGGUGGUUUCACCAAGGCAGACGACGUUCCUCUAGAAUGGAGAAUGAAACAGCACGACCAGGUCCUUGAAGCCGGAGUCCUUGACCCUGCGACCACCGUUGUGGCCAUUUUCCCCUCUCCCAUGCACUACGCCGGACCGACGGAGGUGCAAUGGCAUGCUAAGGCUCGCAUUAACGCCGGUGCCGACUUCUACAUUGUUGGCAGGGAUCCAGCUGGUAUGGGCCACCCCACUGCCGGGCGCGAUCUCUACGACGCAGACCACGGAAAGAUGGUGCUCAGCAUGGCUCCUGGCCUUGAGAAGCUCAACAUUCUGCCCUUCAGGGUUGCGGCUUACGACAAAACGAAGAGUCAGAUGGCAUUCUUCGAUCCAUCCAGGGCGCAGGACUUUUUGUUCAUUUCUGGUACCAAGAUGCGCAACUUUGCGAAGAACAACGAAUCGCCACCAGAAGGGUUUAUGUGCCCAGGAGGGUGGCAAGUGUUGGUGGACUACUAUCAAGGACUGCAAAAGCAGGAAUAGCUUAGAGUACUCAUUUAGUUUAGGACCCUUGAAUGUGAGAACAGUGGUUGGCGGACGUUUCUAAAUUGAAUAGUUUCACCAGGAGCACAAAUGCUUGUUGUAAGAGCAGUGGUUAAUUAGCUUUGCAGGAAGUGUCGGUCAUUGCAGUGACGUUCAGAGGGAUAGCGGUUGCGGCAUAUUUCUCCAAAAUUUUGGACGAGUCGAAAGAUUAGGGCUUGAAAGAGUAAGUUCCUGAUCCAAUAAUCAGAUCAGAUUGCACGAAGCAGAAUUUUUCGCUGCCAGUCUUUCAUACAUUCGCAUCCAGUAGUCUGGUUGCAGAGAAUAUUCCCGUUACCUCGGGUUGCAGGUAUGUCUGGUGAGAGUUUAUCCUCAAAAUAGACGACCUUGUUUACAACGCAGCUGGAGUCACGGCCGUCUUAACGAUUAUAUCAACAAUACACUGGUUCAUUCUAGUUAAGUUUAUGCACUCCUAUCCAUGGACCCAAGUCAACCAUCCUCAAUUUAAUGUAACCAUUUGAGACAGAAUCAAAAGCAGCCGCUUACAGCAAAUGCUGUUAUCAGUUAA